AAACAUGUCAUCCCGCUCAUUCUCCUUGAAAUAACUGAGAUAACAAUAUGUUUUUAUUCGUAUAUUUUUGCAGUGAGAAUUCACGGUACUAGUGAAAGGGCUAGCCGAGUCUGUUGCAAUGUUGAAUAUUUCUUGUUGCGUACAGAAGUGUCGCUCGUUAAAAAUUGCGUGCUGGCUGGUUUAGUGUAAAAUAAAAAAAAAUAUUAACAUUUUGAUUGAUAUUUUAUUUAUGUGUAAAAAGGUUUUAUAUGUGAUUCAAAAAUGUUGUUUUCUCAGAAAUUUUUCUUUUCCGCCGAACCGGGAGUUUUACGACAAUAUGCAGUUGUGAUUUUCGUAAAUUUAAGCGUGCUGACAACUGGCAUGAGUGUCGCAUGGCCUUCGCCAAUGUUGGUCAAACUCACCAAUGCCACGGAGACACCUUUAUACCGAACAAUUACAGAGGAAGAGGGAUCAUGGAUCGUAUCUAUAGGAUUUUUAUGCACCAUGUUCACGAAUAUCCCUUUAGGCAUGUUAAUAGACAGUAUCGGAAGAAAGUAUUGCGCGAUAUUAGCUUGUAUUCCAAAGAUCAUUGUCAGUAUUAUAUACAUAUUUGUUUCUGAUGUGUGGAUGUUAAUUCUGGGUCGAGCAAUCAUCGGUGCAACUGAUUCUUUUGUAUUCACUGUUGUGCCUAUUUACUCUUCAGAAAUUGCCAGUAAAGAAAUGCGAGGUUCUCUCGGCACUUUUCUACAGAUAUUCUCAUCCUUGGGAAUUGUGAUAACAUUGUCCGUGGGACCAUACACAUCGUAUACUACAUUUAAUAUUGUAUUUGCUAUUAUUAAUAUAAUUGUUAGUAUACCGCUGCUGUUUAUGCCUGACAGUCCGUUCUUUUUGUAUUCAAAAGGUAAAACAAAUGAAGCUUAUAACGUAUUAAAAGUUCUUCGCGGUAACGACCAACUGGCAAAAGAGGAGAUAGCAAGUUACGCGUUAUCGACGGAAAAUAAAGUUGACAAAAUUUCAUUAUUAAAGAAUAAAGUUGUCCUAAAAUGUCUGGCUGUAGCUAUGAUUUUAUGUGCUGGAUCACAGCUAGUUGGGUUCAACGCUGUAUCACUUUAUUUGCAAACUAUUCUUGUAUCAACAAGGACGAAGGUUAAGCCAGAAAUGGCUUCCGUUGUAAUUGGUGUAAUACAAGUCUUUGCGAGCUUCUGUACCACUGUUAUGAUGGAUAGGUUCAAAAGGAAACAGAUAUUAAUAUCUUCGUUGAUAGGAAUGCUUAUUGGUUUGGUUGGAUUGGGUGCGUUCUUUAAAUUGAGAGAGGAUACUGAAGUUCAAGGAUUCUUGAAUUACUUGCCUUUAAUAUCACUUAUCCUUGUUGUAUAUUGUUAUAGCGCAGGAAUGGGGUCACUAAUUUGGCUUCUAGUUGCGGAAUUAUUCGAUGGUCCGGCGAGAGCUUUUGGCGUGUCUAUAAGUUUGAUAAUCAACACAUUGUCUGUCUUUAUAACGACUAAGUAUUUCUCGACGCUUACCAUUGUGUUAGGUCCAGCGAUUACUUACUGGUUGUUCAGUGGUUGCUGUUUGAUUACUUGUAUAUUUAUAUAUUACUGCGUACCUGAAACGAAAGGGAAAACAUUUAGAGAAAUACAGGAGUACUUUGAAGGGGAUAAAAUUAAAAAAGAUUUAGAAAAUGGAGACGAUUUAACACCCGCAGUGCCAAACCAUAAGUGACCGUAUAAAAAACUCAUUUUUUUUUGUUGAGAUGUGUUUAAAUAUAAAAAUGUGCAUGUCUGUAUAAGAUAUAUACAUGGCACCUAAGGUGUUCAGGAAGACAUAAGAAGAUAUUUAAAGAAAUCUUGUGUCUUGUUUCGUGUUGGAGAUGUCUGUAGUAAUGGUUACCAAAUUAAAAGUUACAAAAGACUUUUAUAUCAAGAUUAUUAUUUGUGUUUAAUUUUAUGUUUAAAAGUAGCUUUAUGUUAGAUCUUUAAAAUAUUUUAAUCAUGUAUAAAGAG